AUGUCUCAAACCAUUACCUCCACGAGAAGCCCACUUCACGCAUCUGCUGCGCCGAGAGACUUUGAGCUGCGCACUGUUGCUGGUGUCGGAGCCUCACAAACGGAGCGCAAAGCCGACUCUGAGAGCUUUCAAGAACAAGGCCUUGUCUCGGCCACAAGCCAACAUGCAGGCGACAGCGAGCCGCCUCCAGAUGCGUACCAUGUGGUAGAGCGAUGGAACAAGCCCCGCGGGAAUAUUGGCAAAAUGGCCUUUGCUUUUUUGUCAGCCAUGGUCUCUGGAAUGAAUGAUGCCGCAAUUGGCCCUUUGCUGCCCUAUCUCGAAGAUUACUACGGUCUCGGAAAGACUGCCAUUUCUCUUAUAUUCUUGACACCUUUUCUCGGAUACUCUGUUGCCGCCUUCACCAAUGCACGCAUUCACGUCAAAUUUGGGCAGCGCGGCAUCGCCUUCAUGGCGCCCCUGUGCCACAUCAUCACGUAUGCGGUUCUUGCCUCCCACCCGCCCUAUCCCGCAUUGAUAAUAGUCAAUGCAAUUAGCGGGUUCGGCAACGGACUGACUGAUGCCUGCUUCUGCGCGUGGAUCGGUGCAAUGGACAAGGCAAACAUGAUGCAGGGGUUUCUGCAUGCAUGCUACUCUAUGGGGGCGCUGUUUUCGCCUCUCAUUGCCACUAGCACAGUCGUGAAAGCCGGACUGCCAUGGUUUACUUUCUACUACAUCAUGGUGGGCAUGUCAGUCGCCGAGCUCUGCGGCCUCUCUUAUUUCUUUUGGGAUAAAACAGGCAGUGUAUACGAAGCCGAGCACAAGCGGGAGAACCCGAGUGCUACUGGCGCUGGCACCAGAGAAGCUAUCAAGUCUUCCGUGACGUGGCUCUGUGCAUUCUUCUUUUUCGCCUACAUGGGUGUGGAAGUCGGACUGGGAGGCUGGGUCGUCACAUUCAUGCUAAACGUCCGCCACGCUUCACCCUAUGCUUCGGGAAUCUCUGGAUCUGGCUUCUGGGCCGGCAUGGCCCUUGGCCGCGCUGGCCUCGGACUUGUCACGGAGCGGUUCGGUGAGCGCCUCUGCCUGACCAUUUAUUUGGCCAUUUGCCUAGGCCUGCAGCUUCUUUUCUGGCUUGUUCCAGAGUUUAUCGUUUCCGCCGUGGCGAUAGCAUUCUUGGGAUUCUUCCUAGGGCCCAUGUUCCCUGGAGCGGUCAUGAUCACAGCGAAACUGCUCCCCAAAAGAAUACAUGUGAGCGCAAUUGGUUUCGCCAUGAGCAUGGGUGGAACGGGGAGUGCCAUCUUCCCCUUCAUCAUUGGUGCUAUCGCGUCCAAGAAAGGUGUCACUGUUUUGCAGCCGAUUAUUCUGGCACUUAUUGCAGUGAUAUCUUUGGUGUGGUUGAGUUUCCCGCGUAUAAAAAAAUGCGCCUAG